AAGAAGCCCUUCUUCUUCCAAAAGAGAAGAAAAGUAGCCCUUCACUUUCAGGCGGUAGAAUGAAUGAAAAGAUGAGACGACAGAGCUUCGUCAUCGAAACCAAGAAUGCUCGGCGACAGAGACUCGGAGUCCGGCGACUGAAGUACACGUGUCAUACGAAGAAUAUCCAGGUGAAGAUCACCGGUGACGACGAGCAGAAACAUGCUCCAGAAGAUCCUAAGUCAUUGGAGCUGAAGAAACAAGAGAAAGAUGUUGGGGCUUCGAUGGAGAUGAUGUCGGUGUCUUUUUCGGCAUCGGAAAACGAAGUCGUGUUGUCUACUGGGUCCGUGGCCGGAUCAGAUAAAGGAGGACGGAAAAGGGAUAGUGAGGGUUUGGAAGCGAGGGGAGGGUACGGCGUCGUAUCUGUGAAGGGGAUGAGGAAGGAAAUGGAAGAUGCGGUGAGAGUGGAGGUAGGGUUUGGGAAAUUUGACUUUUACGGGGUGUAUGACGGGCACGGUGGGCCCGACGUGGCCGGGGCUUGUAGGGAGAGGAUGCAUGAGGUGGUGGCAGAGGCGGUGGAAAUGGAAGCGAUUAUAAGUAAAAAUGAUGACAAAGGUGAUGCCAUUGAUUGGGAGACGGUGAUGGAUGAGUGUUUUGGUAAAAUAGAUGGGGAGGUGAGGGAUAUUGCAGCGGCGAGGAUGAUUGGGGCGACAGCGGUGGUGGCGGUGGUGACGGAGGAGCAGGUGGUGGUGGCCAAUUGUGGUGAUUCUAGGGCUGUUUUGUCAAGAGGGGGUGUUGCCUUGGCCUUGUCCAAUGAUCAUAAGCCUGACAGAGUUGAUGAGUUGAAGAGAAUUGAAGCUGCGGGUGGAAGGGUCAUCACUUGGAACGGAAACCGUGUACUCGGUGUGCUCGCCACUUCCAGAUCAAUAGGUGACCAUUACCUGAGGCCAUAUGUGAUAUCAAAACCAGAGGUGACGGUGACCAAACGAACCGACCAGGAUGAAUUCCUCAUCCUUGCCAGUGAUGGACUGUGGGAUGUUAUGUCAAACGACGUAGCAUGUCAGGUGGUGAAGAAGUGUCUUCGUGGCCGAAUGAGGAGAGUUUCCAUUCAUGACGAACAUCGGGUUCUCCUAAAUGUCCGGAGUCGCACAUCUGAGGCAGCAGCAGUCUUGGCUGACCUAGCUAUGGCUCGGGGAAGCAGAGAUAACAUUAGUGUGAUUGUCGUCGACCUCACAAAAACCAGCUAGCCAGCUAGCCAGCAUGCAUUUUAUUUUUUCAGUAAAUAUACUGUUUUCAUAAGUUAACUCAUAUUAUUCUUUACCCCUUUACACAUUCGAAUUUGAAGUUACAUAAUUCCUUUGUUAAUUGGGUAAUUGAAGCUUAUAUAUGUAUGUGUCGAUCA